GGUGCGCGUGUGCCGCUGUGAGUUUUAGACACGGGAGUGAGCCAUUUUGUGUUGGAAAAAGCGGUAGAGCUGAAUCGAGGGUUGUUUUUUUUUCCUAGAUGGGGGGAUGGCGUAGUUGAACCACACGCCUGGUCCGCGGAGACUUUAACCUCUGAAGCAGUGACAAUUUAAUUAAUUAAUUAGAGCAAUUAAUACAGUGAGUAGUAAACACAAAACAAAAACAACAACAAAGAUGGUCGGAUCACGUCUAAAUGUCCAUCUCUACCGCGAUUCCUUCAACACCCCCUGGGGUUUUCGUCUCCAGGGUGGGAAGGAUUUGAACCAACCUCUAAUUGUCCAAAGGGUAUUCUCCAACAGCCCCGCCGAGGGUGAGCUACAGAGAGGUGACGUCAUACUGUCCGUCAACAACCGUGACGCCGCCCAGCUGACCCACAAGCAGGCCCAGGACCUCAUCAAACACGGCGGUGGGCAGGUGCAGCUUGUCGUCAACAGGCCACCCCCUGGUACACACGUCAGCCCUCUCUCGCCACCCAUCGUCACACAGAAGCCAAGGGCACCAUCGCUGCAGAGCCCCUCCUACGAAACCCCACCCUCCCGCCCCCUAACCAUAACCAUGGUCCAGCGUGACGUCAGCCACCAACCACAGUACAACCCCCCAUACCAGACCAUGCAACCACUGCAUGUGCAGCCGCCGGCGUCGCCACAGUACCAAAUACAGAGGCAACGCUCCACGCAAAGCCAACCCCCCACCACCCCCAUCCCGACGACGCCCGUGCCCCCAUGGGCGUCCCAACAGUUCGCGCCCAAAAAGGUCUCAAAGCUGUCGAAGCUGGGGGGAGGCGGGCUGAGUUUUGGAACAGACUACUGCACCCUCCCACGGCGUUCUUCUUCGGCCCAAUAUGGCGGCAGAGUCCACACCCAAAGUUUCAGCAGCGACGCCCAGGAAAACGUCGAAGGCGACCGCCUAGCGACGGGCCCACCUCCCAAAGUCUGCAGCCUCCGCAACCUCGGAGGCGGGGGGUUCGACUUUGGCACAUCUUUCGGGUCAGGCGCCGCAACUCUUCCACGUCGUAACAUCGGACGUCGCCUAUCGCAACCUCCCAGCAUGCCGAGCUCUGCCGGCUACCAACCUAAAAAGAUAACUCUCAACAAGCUCGGAGGCGGAGGGCCGGAGUUCGGAUCCGACUUUAGCCACAGAGGUGUCGACGGCUAUGGACAAACUGCGGCUCAGCGGUACGAGCCUCAGUCUGAUAAGUCCGUCAUGUUGAACAGAGUGCAAUCAAGCCUGGACAACAUAGCACUCUCGCCCCGCACCCCCGAUGUCCAGUCGUCCUCCCCCUUCUACCAGGGCUACGACCCCCAGCCAUACCAGCCGGCGGUGCAGCCGUACCAGCCGCCGCCCACGCAGGUCUUCACGCCCACGGGACUCCUGCUGGAGAACCAGCGUCUGCAGGAGCAACAAGACGAGGGUGAGGCUAUAGUCCCCGUGUGGGAGAGGAGGAAACACUUCCAGCAGCGCGGGGCUGGUCAGUCGUCGGCAGUACGAACUCCGGCUAACAAGCCCCCACCACGGGUUCCCAAGCCUCAACCAGGGCCGACCAGCUACGGCAAUUUCGGGGUGGACUACAGCCGUCAGAAGUCAUCCAACGCCGGCUGGCGCCCUGCUCCGGCUUACAAGCCAACCCCCGCACCGGCGUCACCAGCGAGCUACUCCCCAGCGGCGGUGACCUACGCCCCUAAACCAGCGCCCAAGCCCGCUCCACAGUACUCCCCUCAGGCUCCUGCAUCAUGGCAACAGCAGCAGCCCCUGGACGAGGAAGGCACCCCCGCCUGGCGCAACACCCUCAAGUCGACCGGCGUCAAGCCCUGGGAGCAGGAGACUGGCUAUGCCCUCCCUAAGGACCCCGUCAGGUCGGUGCCCUACUCCCCACAGCCCGGCCCCCACGCCGGGCCGUUCUCGCCCACCCCGGCACCCGGGGCGGACGUGGGAGGGUCUGAAAACGGCCCGAAGGUGGUGCACCUGCAGUACAACUCCCCCAUGGGCCUGUACUCCAGUCAGAACGUCGCGGAGACCCUCCACGGGCAGACCCAGGCUUUAUCUGGGCAGACUACCGGUUCGAAACCAUCCCAGCCUGCGACUAACGAUUCAGGUGAACGGGACUGGAGCCAAUCGGCCGUUCUCCGAUUUAUCAAUCAGGAAGACAGCAGAGUCAAGCCCAAGCAAGCCCCAGCCGUCUCCCCCAAGCCUAAAGUGUACAGCCCAGGUCAGCAACAGCAGCAGCAGCCGUUCUACCAGGAGGUGGGCGUGUCUGACUUCUAGAGCUGGAGCCAGCUUGACCCCCCCGCCACCUGACACCCCCCUGCGAGACGCCAUCUAACGAUGGACGGGCUGACACCAACACUGUGAUAGAUUAUCUAAAUCACACCAAAAAUAUGAAAGAAUAUCUCCUUACAAAUUGAAUACAUAAACCAAAUCACAUCAAAAAUAGAAAGGAACAUCUAUUAUCAAAUUGAGUUUAUAAACCAAAAGCGAAUAUAAAAACAUUUUCUUAGGUCACUUUGAAAAAAAUGAAAAUAAUGAAGUAUAAUCCAUAUUGCAGUAAAUGUACUUAAAAAACAUUCAACUAUAAAUUGUUGCGAAAUUUGCAUUUUUUAUCAAUUAUAAUGUACACCUAUUGUUAGAAACUGCUAAUCUUCGUUACUGGUACUUUUUUUACUGUAAAACAGAAGUAGAGGCCUACAUUUUAAGACAAUAAUUAAAAAAAAAUAUUUGUUUGUAUAAUAACAAAAAAAAUAUAACUAAAAAAACCUAAACAGAACCGAUCCCAGACUCCAAGAAAGUGUGCCUUAUUUAUUCACAACUAGUUUAACAAAUUAUGUACAUACUACUCAUAAAUAACUAGAAGCAUUUUUGUUUCGUUUUUUUUUUCUAAAGUAAAUUUUACUAUUACCCACAUGAGUGCCUUAGACAACUGGGUUUAGCUGUACCAUAUAGAGGUCGCAUGGAUUUCUUUUUUCGUGCACAUUUCUAUGUUGAAGUUUUGUUUUGUGUGUUCUUUUAAUUACGUUAAUCGUUUUAUUUUAAAAUGUUACUUCUUAUUUUGUUUAACAAAUUUAAAUUUAAUAUGUUGGCCGACUGUAUGUGCAAUAAAAUGUAUUAUAGAUUUUUUUUCUCCUUUUAUUUAACAUUGUAAAUCCUGUUAAUAUACUGUAUUUUUUUGUUAGAAUUGUUUAGAAACUUGUAAUAAGAAGCAUGUUUAAAAGCCUAAAGAAAAAUUAUACUAAAACAUCACAUACAACGAAUGAUAUAUUUAUAAAUAAUCAUAUUUUAUAAAAUACUUUGUUAGGUAUACAUUUUUUUAAAACUAUCUCUUGAAACGUAUACAUUGGUUUUAGUUAUUCUCAACGUACAUAACGAAUAUAAAAUGAUACAAUUGAAUGUAGGAAAAUAACAAUAGUUUCGCUAAGAACGUAAUGAAUUUUGUAUUGCACUUUGUUCGAUUCAUCAAUGAGAAAAAAAAACAAAUCCUUAUAUUAAAUAAAACGUGUGACUGGACUGAAUAUCGAAAGUAGCUUUUUAAACAGCCAUAGAUUAGCUAAUGCUAGCAUAUCAUCAUCAUAUAAACUCUUGCCUUAGUUUAUCAUUUGCUGAAUGAAUUUAAAGACAAUACAGUAAUUCAUUUCUUCAUUAGCUAAACCGUUCAUAAAUAGAGAUUUAAAAAAAAAAAUUGCUUUAUAUUAAAAUUAAAUUAUUAUUUAUAAUUCAGGAUCCCAGAAAACCCAAACCCCGUUGUGAUCUCCCCUCUUCCCUUAUAUAAUCAGCACGACGUAUUAUUAUUAAAACAGUAUUAUCCCUAACACUUUCAAUUGUUACCGGUUUAUAUAGCUUCUUAAUACACUUAUUUACAAUGCACAAUAUAUACACUAACAAAACAUACAUAACUUUACGCUUUUGACCCAUCACUAAAUUUCUUGCUUAGCUCCCUUAUUUAACUUAUAUAUAUCAAGGGAAAUAACGCCAAAAUAAAAAAAAAUCUUUAAAUUCUCUCUCAAAUAUACAUUCAUGUUCGUGCUGUAGUGGUGAGAUUUUACUUUAAAUGAACAUUUAUUUAAAUGAUGUGUGAGGUUUUUACUGUACUUGUUAUAGUAACACAAGAUGACAUGAACACAUUUCUAUGUGAAGUACGGAUGUUUUAGUUGUUUUUUUUUAAAUUAAAAUUAUACCUGUAAACCUAAAUUUCGUUCAGCCUUUUAAAAAGUGAUGUUAUUUCUUUUGUCAAAAAAAUUAAAUGACCACUUUAAGGCUUUGAAAUUACUUGCAUCAAUCGAGCUGUGACUAUGUAAAAAUAUUUAUUGAGUUUUAUUUUGCAUUUGUGUUUAAAAAUUUUUGUUUACGCGUAGUGCGAUUAAGCUUAAUAGUUAACUAAACACAGUAGUCUUUAUGUACUUAAAUUGUAUGUGUUUGUUGCUAUACACACACAAAGUUAUUUAUAGACGCCCAAUGGUUUGCUGAGCUGAUAUUACGCACUUCCGUUUCAUGUUUUAGACUGAUCAUUAACUGUUUCUGUACAUUAGUCGUCUCCCCUUAAUUUUAUUAUUUAUUUUAAUUUUUGCUUCCGUCCUGCCCAGGAAAUCAAUCAAUAAAAAACACUGUGAUCAAACAGA